AUCGGCCCACCACGAAACUUUGCGUAGUUCGAGAGAGAGAGAGAGAGAGAGAGUGUGUGAGCGAGCGAGUGACAGAGACAGGACAAAGACCAGAGAUUUCAGCCCUGCUUAGGGCGGCCAUCUUCUGGUUUCUCCUGAUUCAGAGAAGAUGAAUGCCUAUAUAAGAAAUCAAGCUGGCCAUUCCACUGAAUGGCGCAAAAGAGCAGAAAUCAAGCAUACCCGAAAAUCGAUAAGAGGAAAAAUCUCUGAUUUUUUGAGUUCCAAAAAUAAUCUUGAUAACGAGGCACGGCAGGAGGUACCCAAGAUUGCACGUAUUGUGGAAACCUGCCUGUUUGAUCAAGCUGCUUCAGAGAAUGAGUAUAAGAAUCAGGAUACAUUGGUCCAACGAUUGGAGAACCAGCUACAAGGAACAAUAUUCGGUCCUCAAGUAAACAGUUAUAAUACUAACAUGCCAAUGAAGGGUCCCUCUUCUGGGUUAUCAAAUGUUUGGCAUAACAGAAAUCAAGCAGCCCCAGCUUCGCAGAUGUUUGCUGCUAGUAACAUUAAUUUCACUGAUUAUAGCACGGUGGUUGUGAACAAUACUAAUAAGUACGAAUUUUCAAACAGGAGGCAGUCUCAAGGUUCUGCUGGCAAUGAGACAAUUUUUUCUUCUAAUGGCUGUUCAUUUCUGAGGUGCACUGGUUCAGAUGGGUUUUCUAACUUCAAUGCUUCUGGCGGAACAAGCAAUCUGAAAUCAAACACCAAACCAAUUUUCUCCCAUUUUCAGCAGCAACAUGGAGAUCAUGUGAGGAUGGAUCGGACCAAGUAUAGUGGAAAUGAAUCUUCGGCUUUUGUCACUACACUGAGAGAACCCCCGCUGUCCGUAUAUGGAAAUUUGAUGAUCCCUCCAUUUGUGAGAACGGAAGCUUCUCCAGCUUUCAAUAAUUUUCCAGUCCAGAACUCUUGCCAUCGGUACUCAACCGUUAACAAUUUAAUGCAAUAUCAACCCCAGAAUUUGGAUAGUCAACCGAACUGCCAACAUUUUAAGCAGUCAUAUGUGCAUGGUGCUAAAGGAUAUACUGCCGAGACAAGACCCUGCUUUGUGAGUAAAGAUGAAACUUGCUGCCAAUUGCAGGGGCAGAAAACAUUGAAUCAGCCACUGCUUUCUUCAAGAGCUAUGAACGUAAAUCAACAAUUUUCUUCAGAAAGUUCAGCAUGCCUAGAUGGUUCUAAUGGAGCUUCGUGGCAUUUUGAUGAAUGCCGAAGGGGUGAUUGUCAUAGUUUGGAUUCUGCUAACAGCAUGACCAUGACUUCUACUGUAAGAGGUCAUGGCUACCUUGAAGACAUCUUACCACCUGCCAAAAGACUGAAAAUCGAACCUACUUUUGAUGUCUCUAUGAGAAAUAAUGGUAUUCAUAACCCAUGGGAUUACAAUAUGGUUCUAACCAAUUCUCCUGAAGGGCUUCCAGAAUUGCAGCAACAGCCAGAAUCUUCCUUUCCUAUCUAUUCUAAAAUUACAGAGAACAACACGGAAUCAUCAGCGAAUGCAAAGCAAGAUUCUGCAAGUUUUAGCGAAAUAGACAACAAUAUGUUUGGCAUAGAAACUAUUAUUUUUGAAUGCAUAGAAGCUAGUCAGAAAUUACGGGAUUCAUAUCCCAAAAGUAAUGAUGAGGUAACCAGAAACUUUGGGGAAAAUGAUAGUGGAUCAAAUUCCAGCGUACAUACUUUCCAGAAAGAUCCUAGUGCUGAUAGAGAUGGUGUACAUGAAAGAGGUGGGUUUUAUCGGGCCGCGAAGAAAACUACAAAAGAAGUUAUCGAGCCAAAAGCUGAUCUAGAGAAGAAAAUAGAGUUUUCAAAUCCAAAAAUAAUGACUGUUUCGGAUGGUGAACUUGGACACACCUUUGAUAAUGAGACUAUUUCUCAAGGUUCAGAAGUUUAUGGUGUAUUGGAGGAGUCAUACCCCGAAAGCAAUAUGGAUGCUGUUAGCAGAUCAGGUUUCAGUGUCCAAACUUUCCAUAAAGAUCGCUGUGGUGAUAUCGACGGUGUACAGGAAAGAGGUGGGUUUGACAUGGCCAGGAAGAAAACUACAGAAGAAGUUAUUGAGCCAAAAGCUGAUUUAGAGAAGGAAAUGAAGUCUUCAAAUCCAAAAAUAAUGACUGUUUCGGUUGGUGUAUUUGGGGACACCUCUGAUAAUGAGACUAUUUCUCAAGUUUCAAAAGUUGAUGGUGUAUUGGGGGAGUCAUACCCCGAAAGCGAUGGUGUGAUAGCCAGAAACUCAAGCAAUACGGUUAACAGAUCAGGUUGCAGUCUCCAGAAAGAUCCUUGUGCUGAUAUAAUGGAGGGACAGGUCAAAAAUGGGAUCGACCGGACUGGGAAAAGCAUUACAGAUGAGGUUAUUGAGCCAAAAUAUGAUUUAAAGCAGGGAACAGUGUCUUUAGAUGCAAAUCCAAUAACAAGUGGUGUUUCCUAUGAUUUACUUGAACAGACUGACAAGAGUAGGACUAUCCCUAAAGGCAUAGAAGCUGGCAACACAUUGGAGGAUUCAUACCUCAACAGUGAUGAUGUGAAGUUGACAGUCUGUAACCCACGGAAUGAUGUUGGCUUUUCUAAUUCGAGUGACCACACUCUUCAGAAAGAUCUUAUUUCUGAUAUAGACGAUGUUCAGAGCAGAAAUGAGUUCAACCAGUCUGUUAAAAACAAUACAGAGGAAGUUACUGAGCCAAAAUCUGAUUUAGAGAGUGGAGAAAGUUCUUCAAAACCAACUUCAAGCUGUGUUUCCUUGACUGAAACUUUCACAUAUGAUCAAAUAAGGCAACACAUUUUAAGUCUAAGGCAGGGUUUUGGCCAGAGUACACUUGAAGAAAUUGGAGUUGGGGAUAACACGUGCACGCUGUGUGGACUGGAGAAGCUUUUCUUUGCACCAGUGCCUAUCUAUUGUCUAUCUUGUGGCAAACGCAUCAAAAGAAACACAAAAUUUUACAGUAGAGCAGGAGAGAGGAAGACAGAACAGUGCUUUUGCUCCCCUUGUUUCAAAAAUUCUCCUGGUGAAUCUAUCCAGUUCAACGGGGUAUCUAUUCCGAAGACAAUACUUGAAAGUAAGAAAAACGAUGAUGCCCCAGGAGAAGAUUGGGCUCAAUGUGAUAAAUGUCAGAGGUGGCAACAUCAGAUAUGUGCGCUCUUCAACAAUAAGAGAAAUUUAGAAGGAAAAUUUCAGUAUGUGUGUCCCAAAUGCUGCUCCAAGGAAAUCGAAGAAGGAAUUCGUACACCCUUAGGGACUUCUGUGUUUGGUGCUAAGGACUUGCCAAGGACCAAGCUUAGUGACCACAUAGAGAAAAGACUUUUUUCGCGGCUUGAGCAUGAGAGAGCGCACAAGGCAAAAGUUGAAGGAAAGAAUGUUGAUGAGAUUUCUGGAGCAGAAAAGCUCACUGUAAGGGUGGUGCAAUCAGUUGAAAAGCAAUUGAAAGUGAAAAGGGAGUUUCUUGACAUCCUGUGUGGGGAAAACUACCCUCCAGAGUUCCCAUAUACGUCAAAAGUUAUUCUUUUGUUCCAGAAUAUUGAGGGAGUAGACAUGUGCAUCUAUGUUGUUUUCGUCCAGGAAUUUGGUUCAGAAUGUGGUCACCCAAAUCAUCGUAGUGUGUACAUCUCAUAUCUUGAUUCGGUCAAGUAUUUUAGGCCACAAAGAGAGACCGUGACUGGAGAAGCUCUUCGUACAUUUGUGUACCAUGAAAUAUUGAUUGGAUACCUUGAAUUUUGCAAGAAACGAGGUUUCGGAAAAUGUUACAUUUGGGCAUGUCCACCUUUGAAAGGAGAAGAUUAUGUGCUAUAUUGCCAUCCUCAGAGCCAGAAAACUCCAAAGGGUGAUAAACUAAGACAUUGGUAUCGUUCAAUGCUGAGCAAGGCUACUGAAGAAAGCAUUGUAGUUGGUUUGACAAAUAUCUAUGAUCAUUUCUUUGUUCCUGCUGAAAAAUGCUACUCCAAGGUGACGGCUGCUCGCUUGCCUUACUUUGAUGGAGACUACUGGUCUGGUGCUGCUGUGGAUGUAAUCAAGAGAAUUGAACAAGAGAGUAAAGAAGAGUACAACAGAAAGUUGAAACAAGUAUUGACCAAACGAGCUCUGAAGGCAAUGGGACAUGCAAACCCUUCUAAAGGCGCCACAAAAGACAUUCUGGUGAUGCAAAAAUUGGGCCAAACUAUAUCACCCGUCAAGGAAGACUUCAUCAUAGUCCAGUUGCAGCAUGCAUGCACGCUUUGCCAUGAGGUGAUAUUGUCUGGAAAGCGAUGGUUUUGCCCUGAGUGCAAGGAAUACCAGCAGUGUGACAGAUGCCAUACUUCUUACACACAUACUUCAAAAAGUGGAGAGACGCAUAAACUGUGUCAGGUGGUCGUGGAUGACAUACCUUGUGAUACUAAGGAGAAUGAUAUCAUCCUGGACAGUGAAUUAUUUGGGAAUAGGGUUGAUUUUUUGAGUUUCUGCCAAGAGAAUAGACUUCAAUUUGACACACUCCGUCAUGCUAAGCACUCCUCAAUGAUGCUUCUUUAUUAUCUCAAGAAUUCUGUUUUAAACGUGGAUCCAAGAUGCAGCAUUUGCAGCAAAGAUAAUGUGUCCCAGCUGAGCUGGCAAUGUGAGAUUUGUCCACAGUUGUCCAUCUGCUCAGCAUGCUACGAGGAGAAAGGUGCCAAUUCCCAUGAGCACGUGCUGAGACAAGCUCAGAAUCAGGUGUUAGAGCAGAAAACUACCCGGAUACAAAAACUAUUGGAAGUUCUAAGGCAUGCAUCUCAAUGCAUGGAUGGUGCUGAGGCUACACUCAAAGAAUUGCCAGGACUCGGAGUGUCGCGUCCCACGAUGCAAUGAUUUGAAGAAUCAUGCAAAAUGGUUAGCAGAACAAUAUGAAUCUCGGCGGCGAGAAGCAGUUUUGGGAUCGGCGAGAGAAUUAUAGAAUUGGAGGUCGCUGGUUAACACCAAAGUAUAUAAUAGUAAAUAGGAUU